AUGGUGGCGGCAUGGGUGGUGCUGACGGUGAUGCUGGCCGCAGCUCAGGUGGCGUCGGCCACCUCGGUGGUGGCGCCAGCGUUCCUCUGGGCUCCCAAGAACUACGGCAUUUACAUUCAAGGAUUCAAGGACUUAGUGACGCCACGGAUGAGAAACAACCCAAGUGGACAGAGCGAUCUAAUUGUCUUCUGCAGUGGUGGUUUCAAGGAUUUACACCCUGCAAAAACAGAAGGAGAGUUGCUUUCUGACCUGAUUGCCAUGCUGAAGAAGUCUGGAGCUAAAUAUACCAUUCUUUAUGCCUCUCAACCAUCUGGUUUACUGGAAAGCCCUUCCAACCUGCCAUUAGGCAGGUAUCUUGCAGAGGAACAAUAUGGAGAGUGCCUAGUCAAAUCAACUCUUCUGGAGGGAACUUUUGUUGGAAUAGUGCUUCUUAUCAUCUUGAUAUCAGGACUCAUGUGUAUGAUGGGAAUUGAUACUCCAUCAAAGUUUGAAGCUCCACAGGAAUCUUGA